AUGGGCGCCUCAGAAACGGCCCUGAGGGUGGGCUCAGGUAACUUUACAACUGUAAGCUACACCAGAGCACACGGACGAUGGGGUAAUCACAAUACCAAACCCCAUUAUAGAGUGGAGUUAAGCUCGGGUUUGAUAAAUAGUGAAGGGCUGGCCACCCUGGCUCCGCUUGGGAAAGUCGAUUUCUGGCCGGUGCUAGACGACCAUCCGUCGCUCCUUUACCCAACUCGACAGGUAGAAGGGGUACACCAUGACACCGCGCUCGCGGAGACAGGAUAUUGCUUAGGAAACCCUGUUUUUUUUAUUUGUACACGACAGGACUAAUCGAUGGGGCUGUUCCAUUAUUAUUAUUAUUCACAUUAAAAGAAAAAACAAGAAACCCGUGAAUACCCUAAAAUGUCAUUGCUCCUCACUAAAAACAGUAAAA